UCCCUUCGUCUCUGUGCAUAUAUAUAAAGCAAAGUUGUUCUACAUAUGAGCAGGACCUUCUCGAAAUUUUUCUCAAAUCUCCCAUUUCUUCGCCUGCUGCAAACAUGCUGUUCCAUGAACGAGCUGAAACAAAUUCACGCACAGCUCACCACAGUUGGCCUCGCUCGUUUCACCUACAUCGCCAGCAAACUCUUAGCUUUCUGUGCCGUUGAUGAAACUGGUGACAUAGACUAUGCACAAACAGUUUUUAACCAAAUUUCGAUACCCACCAUCUUUGAUUUCAAUUCCAUGAUAAUGGGUUUUUCAAAAACCUCAAAACCUGAAAUGGGUCUCUCGGUUUUUGCCCAAAUGCGAAGAGAAAACGUAGAACCAAAUGCUCGUACUUUCCCAAUUUUAGCAAGAGCAUGUGCUUGUGUAGCUUCAUUAUGUCAAGUUCAUGGUCAGAUAAAGAAGAAUGGGCAUGACUCUGAUGUUUAUGUUAUUAGUUCUCUUAUAUAUAUGUACUCUAAGUUUGAUGCAAUGGAUUUGGCUUUUGAUGUUUUUGAAGAAUGCUCAUACAAAAAUGUGGUUUGUUGGACCAGUCUCGUUACUGGGUAUUGUGGUAAUGGGCUUGUUGAUGAGGCAAGGGAAGUGUUUGAUGCAAUGUCCGAGAAAAAUGAUGUUUCUUGUAGUGCAAUGGUUUCUGGGUAUGUUAGCAAUGAGUGUUUCAAUGAGGCAAUUGAGUUGUUUUGCAAAUUGAAGAAUUGUGCUAAUGUGAAGCUUAGUAGAUCUCUCUUGUUGAGUGUUCUUAGUGCUUGCGCGGCCGUGGGUGCAUUUGAAGAAGGAAAAUGGAUUCAUACUUAUUUGGAUAACAACUGUUUUGACUACGAACUUGAGCUUGGGACUGCAUUGAUUGAUUUUUAUGGUAAAUGUGGGAGCAUAAAAACAGCAGAAGAAAUAUUUAGGAAGAUGACUCGUAAAGAUGUCACUACAUGGAGUACUAUGAUCUUUGGUUUAGCCAUAAAUGGUAACAAUGAGGUGGCUUUGGAGCUUUUCGAAGAGAUGGAGCAGACAGGACCAAAACCAAAUGCUGUAACUUUUGUUGCAAUUCUUGCUGCUUGUAAUCACGAAAUUCUAGCGAAUGAAGGAUGGCGAUUGCUUGGACGUAUGAGUAAAUUCUAUGGUAUAUCACCAGUGAUUGAGCACUAUGGAUGUAUGGUUGAUCUCUUAGCCCGAGCAGGACGAAUGAAAGAGGCAGAGAUAUUGAUCAAUACUAUGCCCAUGAAACCAGAUGGAGCCUUAUGGGGCUCAUUUCUAAAUGGUUGUCUGAUACAUGGCCACAUUGAGCUGGGGAAGAAAGCAGGGAAGCAUCUGAUCCAAUUGGAGCCUGAACAUAGUGGAAGGUAUGUUUUGCUGGCCAACUUAUAUGCCACUAUGGGCAGCUGGGAGAGUGUGAUGAGAUUAAGGAAAAUGAUGAGAGAGAAGAAAAUUGUUACAGUCCCUGCUUGGAGUUUCAUUGAGAUUGGCGGGAUUGUGCACAAAUUUAUAGUUGAUGAUAAAUCGCAUUCUCAAUCAAGAGAUAUCUACAACCUUUUAUAUCUAUUCAAUGUGGAUUUGAUGUCUUCAUCCCGUGGAUCAGUUAUGAUCUGGGACUCUCAUCAUAACCAAACUGAUGAAGCAGAGCUACUUAGUGGUAACUGA